GACGUGCUUUUGCUUUCUCGGCUUCCUUACUUUCAGACAUUUUAAGACAACGCAAACGAAGCCCUAACCCAAAAAAAGAACAAAUGCUGCCGUAUAAACGACAAAAGUGGACGACAACAACAAUAACAUGUCGGAGCGACGCCGCGCUUUGCCGUCGUGGAUGUCCAAAAUGUGCGACGAGGGGAAGGAAAAGCAGCCUCUGAAGACCACCAGAAAGAAGAAACUAGCGCGGGCUGUUUUCUAUUGCAUGAACGCGAACGAGCUGCUCGAAGCAGCUGCUGCGUAUCUCGGCUACCAGCAUGGGACUCCCCUGUUCGGCCAGCAGGUGACGCCGUUUCCUCCUUUGUUCGACAUUACAUUAGUACCGGCUCAAUCCAAGAUGAAGGAUGCCGCUCGAAAAAGUGUCUCCUCUGUAAAGAGGACGGGGAAGCAGGUGGCUUUAGAGAAAGAAGCGGUGCGUGAAGAGACCUACGUCUCAGAAACCGACUUGGAUGUUGCCGAGAUGGAGACUGUGCCUUACACCGGAAGCGACCAGAAGGAGGAAGACGAGGGUAGGCAGCAGACGACGAAAACAGAGAAGCAGCAUUUGACUGAAAACCAAAGCGGUGACGACGCCAUGCGCCUUGUACGAGAAAUCUUUUUCACCUGAUAAUACGCCACAUACGUCAUAGUCACACUGUUGUUGUAUUGCGGGGAUAUGCGACACCUACCCCCAAUAGGUGAAAAUCCAUAAUAAAGAGGGAUAUUUUUUCUCUUAUAUAGUUUUACCCUCAAACACUUUUAACACGUUUAAACCAGGGAUGCAUGGUCAUUAUUUUUUUUUCAAGCCGAUACCGAUAACUUGGAUUGGAUCUUGGAUUUUCCUUUUCAUUCUUUGAUUUUUUUUUCUUAAUCAAAGCUAUUUUUAAUGUGAUCAGAUUUAUCCAUACGACAUAAUUCUACAAAUCGACUCGAUAAUUAUAUGUCUGAUAAUUAUCGUGCAUCCCCAAUUUAAACUUAUUAAAACACCCGUAUCCCAAUCGCUCCCGUGAAACUUCAUAUUUGUCAAGCGGAAUCCAACCGUUUAGUGCCACGGACCGACGUAUAUAGUUGUCAAGUGUGUUGUUCAACGGGUAGUCGGGGAAAACGGUCUUUUUGCUCAGCUUGUCUGAAAUUCAGGUUUGUAAACCACUAUAAUGACUAACAGAUCCCUGUAGAGCUGCUGCCUUGCAGCGUUUUGGAUGUGAGUUCAGCACAGCUUUUGAGUCGAAGAAAAUCUCAUCACAUCGAUUGUGAGGGGGAGAAAUGCCAACACAUUGGACGUCGGACAGGUUUAGGCACCUCACACUCCCAACAGAGUUGCAUUGGUGGACCUCAAUAAAUGAAAAUACUAUUAGAUGCAUCUGUAUAUGUAUAGUAUGAACAGACGGUGUCACAUUAGAAAAUGUCGUGAUUGUGAGAAAAGAUGAUGCAGUUCAUGGAGUGAAUGACCAACUCUGCGUAAAAACACUGCUGGCGUUUAAAAUUGAGUCAAUGUUGCUCACAGAACAGUUCUUAGUUGUAUAUCUGAAGAAAUAAAUGGAUUAU